GAUGCGGCCUCCGGGCGGCCUAGAGGGGCGCUGGGCGCGCGCGCUCACUUCCGCGUCAGCUUCUAGCUGCCAGACUUUCGGGGUUCGGAGAGGAAGAGUGUGGGUUUCAGCGAGUUCUACGUGUCAGCUUCUGAGGUUCUUGCUUUUCCAAACCCAGAAGACAGUGCACGAAGCCAGGGGACAUCAGCCAUGCUCCAAAGAACUUGGCCUCAGGUUUUUGUAUGGACAUAAGUUUUCAAGUCAUUCGGGAAGAUCCCAAGGAGCAUGAUUACUGGAUCAUAUGGAGCCAGUGACUUUUGAGGACGUGGCCGUGUACUUCACCCAGAAUCAAUGGGCCAGCCUGGACCCUGUACAGAGGGCCCUGUACAGGGAGGUGAUGCUGGAGAAUUAUGCAAAUGUGGCUUCCCUGGCAUUUCCAUUCCCCAAACCUGUUCUGAUCUCCCAGCUGGAGCAAGGAGAAGCACCUUGGGGCCCAGAUCCUGGGGAAGCAGAGGUUUUGAAAGGCAUCUGGCCAGGUGGUGAGUCCCGGAUCAAGCACGAAGAGCCGACCGUAAAGCAGGAAGCCUCUGAAGAAACAGAGUCGCCCAGAGUGCCCGAAAGCGGACUCCUGAGAAACGUUUCUCAGCACUUUGACUUUAAAAGCAAGGCAACGUGGCAGACUUUCAGUCUGAAUCCGAAUCUGAUACUUCGAGGGGGAAUGAAGUUCUAUGAAUGCAAAGAAUGUGGGAAAAUCUUCAGAUAUAACUCGAAGCUUAUUCGGCAUCAGAUGAGUCACACAGGGGAAAAGCCCUUCAAAUGUAAGGAAUGUGGCAAAGCUUUCAAGUCCAGCUAUGACUGUAUCGUACACGAGAAGAAUCACAUCGGAGAAGGGCCCUAUGAAUGCAAGGAGUGCGGCAAAGGUUUGAGCUCCAACACCGCCCUGACUCAGCACCAGAGGAUCCACACCGGAGAGAAACCCUACGAAUGCAAGGAGUGCGGGAAGGCGUUCCGCAGGAGCGCAGCCUAUCUUCAGCACCAGCGGCUACACACCGGGGAGAAGCUCUAUAAAUGUAAGGAGUGCUGGAAAGCCUUUGGUUGUAGGUCCCUUUUUAUUGUCCAUCAGAGAAUCCACACUGGGGAGAAACCCUACCAGUGUGAGGAGUGCGGCAAGGCGUUCACGCAGAAGAUAGCCUCCAUUCAGCAUCAGAGAGUGCACACCGGAGAGAAGCCUUACGCAUGCAAGGUGUGUGGGAAAGCCUUCAAAUGGUAUGGCAGUUUCGUUCAGCAUCAGAAAUUGCACCCUGUGGAGAAGAAGCCCGUCGAGGUCCUCGGGCCAUCCCUCAUGAGUCCCCAGUGCCCCUCUUCAGCCUCGUCCCCGGGUCCUCUCCAGAGUCCGUGCUCCGCUCCAGCUGUGGCCAUGCCUUCACUGACCUUUCCACACGCUGUGCUCAUUCCUACCUCUGGGCCUUUGUUCAUGCUGCUGCCUGCGUCUGUACCGUCAUCACCUGUCCAGAUAGUGAGAGUCCUCCAGAGUCUCACUCCCACUGAGAAGGCUUCCCCGAUUAUUCUGGCUCCUUCUCACCCCUCAUGAGUUUUAUCUUGCCACUCCCAUGGCUCUUAACGCCCAGAAAAUCUCCAACCUAAUUCGAGUUUCUUUUGUAUUUUGUUCUCACCUUACGUACGUUAACAACUGUUUCAGCAUAAACUCCAUUUGUAAUCUAUCUAUAUUUAAAGACUGUGUUUAUAUAAUCGCCUUUCUUAUGGGUAGAAAGCAGAAAUAAUCGAUGUCUGCAUUGACCCCUUUCAGGCUUGAACGAUAAUGGCUGUAUCUGCAUUGUUGGGGUGCUGGUGUUAGAAGUGCUGGUAGGACCUUUAGGUGUAUUAGAGAAGUUUGGGAGAGAGGACACCCCUGUAUUAGGCCAUUGUGAUUAGAGAGAAGCAGCCUGAGACAAACAGUAGAGAAUUAGAAUAAACGUCCAAUGACAGACUUUAGAAAUUAAUGCAGGUCGUUUAGUCGACUAAGGUGGUGUAUUAAUGCAGUUGAAGUAACAUUGCCCUUGGUACAGAUCGUUGAGGAUCUCAUUCAUCUACGCAGAAGAUCAAGCGAAAUAACCAGUGAAAAAUAACAUGUCUGCAGUGCUAGCGAUCGUUUACAUGAUUGAUGUCGAUCGUGUCUUUCGUCAUGCAGUUCUUUCUUUAGUUUUGAUCUUGAUGUUUAGAUGUUUUGUUUUCUUUUAAAACUUUGGUUUCCUAAGUAAAUAUACACCACAGCGUUCAUCUUA